CCGAAGCACACCUGGAAAUUUUUAAUUUUCCACCUGUGCUGUGCCCUACAGAGAAUCUCGCUUUUAUUCCUCCAGCUCAAGCCCACCUCAUGGACCGCAGAGAGGAGUCUGGAAACCUGCAAUCCCGUGAUACAGCAGAGGACGGUCCGGGUACCGCUGGGGAUGGAGGAGCCGCUCCAGCACCCGAAAAGCCUCCUUAUUCGUAUGUGGCUCUCAUCGCAAUGGCCAUUAGAGAAAGCGAAGAAAAGAAGCUGACCCUGAAUGACAUCUACAGCUUCAUUAUAUCCAAGUUCCCAUACUACGAGAAGAACAAAAAGGGGUGGCAGAACAGCAUCAGACACAAUCUGAGCCUCAACGAGUGUUUCGUGAAGAUUCCCCGGGAGAAUGGCGGGGAGAGGAAGGGGAACUUCUGGUCGCUAGAUCCUGCGUUUCACGACAUGUUUGAAAAGGGUAAUUACAGGCGCAGGAGGCGCGUCAAGAGAGCCUACCGACCACCACCCUUACCGUCUGGAUUUAACUUCACCGACUCGUACUGCCUGCAACAGGAGCCCGUUUACUGGCAAACCCCGUUCGUCAGCACCAGCUCCUGGAGUCACCAGUCCAGCUCACCGACGCACAUCUCCAGCUACCUGCAGCCCAUGCUUGGUAACGCGCGCCCUCUGUCUCCAAACGAUUACGCUAACUCUCCCGUGAGUUAUUACCACGGUCAACACCAUCACCUUCUCCCGUCCUACAGACCGUACCACCGGCAUCCGAACGCUCUGGUGCCUCUGAGCGGCAUGACUCCACCGGUGAGCCCGGGCGGAAGCUCCAUCUCCCCCUGCAGCUACCCGCCGCAGAACAGUCACCCUGAACUGGUACAUCAUCCGUUUGACUGACGGACAGACAUGUGAAAACUGAAUAUAAGUAGGCAAACAGUUUCAUUUGGAUCUAGAUUUGUUUUUUUCGUUGUUAAAUUAGGCUUUUUCAAGUCAAACUGGCUGGUUGAAAUUUAAUGUUGCAUUAGCUGCAUUAGUUUGAUUACUGUAUAUAUAUACAGUUACAGGUUUACAGUUGUGUUUUGUGGAUUCUCAAGAAUGAAACAUUGUUACAUUGCUUAACUAUUAAAGUUCUAGUAAAGAGACGAAGAACUGUUCAAACGCACUUGGUUGUGCAAGUUAUUAGUUUCCAUAUAUUUCAGCAAAUGUUUAAAGAAAGCAUCAAGAUACAUAAACAUAUUUAUUUUUAACAUAUAUUGAGAAAAGCGUGUUUGCUUAUUUGGAAACUCUUUGCACAAGUUGUUUACAAGAGUUCUCUACACAUGCAAAAGUGUAUGUUCUUUAAAAAUAUUUUGUAUAGCCUAUUGAAUGGACAUGUUCAGUGUUUGUAUUUCUGGAGUUUGAAAAUAUUUUUAUAUGUAAAUGUUCAUAAUCUUUUGGAAUUUUUCUCUGAUAAAAUUCUGAU